UUGAAUUGUUAAUGUGUUGAUUCUGAUGUUUGACUAAACAAAUAUAUAUAUGCAAAUCAUCUGACGUGGUUUACAUACCUCACGUACCAGGUCCCUCUGUUUUUAUAAUAGACAUUGAAAAGGUCCCUGUUGUCUCAGAUGUUGGAAGCAUGAUGGCCAAAUACUGUGUUUUCGUCCAGUUGUGGCUUCUCCAAAGCAUAUCAGCUGCCUCUUCUUUGGUAAAUGUGGCACCAAAUGGAGCAGCAACUCAGUCAUCCACCUACACUCCUCUUGGUGAUGCUUAUAGGGCAAUUGAUGGGAAUAAAAACCCAGACUUUUUUAAUGGAUCCUGCAGCCAUACAUUAUUAGGCGGAGUUAGUCACUGGUGGAGUUUGCUCUUGCCAGCUGUGUACAGGAUCGAACGUAUUUCCAUCACCAACAGAAAUGAACUACCUGAAAGGAUCAAUAAUGUCCAGAUCCUCAUUGGGAAUUCCCUAGAGAACAACGGGAACAACAACCCAAGCUGCACUGUGAUUUCCUCUAUUCCAAGUGGAGCUACCAGGACCUUCCAGUGUGGAGGGAUGAUAGGUCGGUUGGUCAACUUGUACCUCAAUAGCACAGACCCCAACGUUGCUCUGACAGUGUGCGAGUUGGAAGUGUACGGAGAACUGGCUGCUCCUGCGCCCUCGUUCAGUGCAGUGGUGAUGGGCAGGAACGUAGCAGUGGUGGAGAGGAAGCUGUGUUGGUCGGAUGCUCUGCUCUAUUGCAGAGACUUCUACUGGGACCUGCUCAGCAUACGCAGUGGACAGGAGCAGACGGAGGUGCAAGCGGUGCUGACAACCGUCUCCUCCAACCUCACCAAACAGGUUUGGUUGGGACUGCGCAGAUACCUGAUGGCUGGCACGUGGUUUUGGAUGUCUGGUACUUCCAUGAGCUUUUACUACUUGGACACACAAUCCCCCUGGCAAGAAACCAGUCCCUGUGGCGGCAUUGACACCAGUGCUCCCUUCCACUGGAGGGAGAUUCCAUGUGGGGAUCACCUUCACUUCAUCUGUUUGAAAGACAUUCAGAAUAAGACGCAAAGAGUGGAGUUUUUCAGCAGCACCAAACCGAAAUCACCAUGAAGAGAAGAGAAGAUGAACACUGGGAUUGUUAUUUGGGAUUUUGAUAAUGUAUCAUAUGCCAUUUCACGUCAGUAUACCAUGGCUUUACUGCUUUAUUUUGUAGCAUGAUGCAUAUUUUAGGCUUUCACUGAAUGUCAGGAAAAGUUGCUGUUUGUUUUUCAGAAUGUGAACAUUUAUCUUAUAACAAAGUCAAAACACAUAUUCUAGUUAUUAUAGUUGUCCUAUGAUGUAGCAAGUUAGAUGGUGAGAUUAAUGGCUAAAAUGUCAUUUUUUGGGGGUGCCCUGGUAGCUCACCUGGUAGAGCGUGUGUCCCAUAUAUAAGGGAUAAAUAAAUAAAUAAAUAAAAUGUUUUAUUGAUUGGAUAGCUUAGUGACGCUUCUGAUCCAAAGGUUCCACUGGUUUCAAAACUCUUGCAAUGGACGUGAAUACAUAUAUCUUAACAGUCUUUUUUUAUGACAAGGCAUGACAAAUGACAUUCGAGUCCUUGACUUUUUAUUUACAUGUUUCAGUGUGUCUGUGACUAAUAGAUAAACUGCCUCACAAUAGUUUUAUGAUGCUUAUUAUUUGCUAUUUACAUGUACAGUGGAUUAUUUUACAGCAGUCAAACUCCUCACCCUCAAAUCAGUUCCUCUUGUAUAAGUGAAGCAUAUGGUAAAUGGACCUGUACUUGUAUAGUGCCUUUCUAGUCUUCCGACCACUGAAAGCGCUUUUACACUACGUGACACUACCACAUUCAUCCUUUCACACACAUUCACUCAGUGAUGGCAAAGUCCAUCGAACAGAAACUAACAUUCAUACACACUUUUGUGUUCGGGGUUCAGUACCUUGCUCAAGGAUACUUCGACAUGUGGCACCAGGAGCCGGGGAUCGAACCCACAACCUUCCGAUUGAGGAACGACCUGCUCUGCCUCUGAGCCACAGCCGCCCAAUAAUACACAAUAAAUCUGACUACGUGGUA